AUGGCUUCCCCUCAUAUCAAGGAUCCAGGUCCCGCAAGCUUUCAACAACGCCUUGAACAGAUAAGGCCUAAUCUCAAGGCCCUGAAUGUUGAAACCCAGGAGCAGCGAUUUCCUAGGAGAGGAGACAAUCACGGUCCGGAUAUAGCUACAUGGAGAUGUAACUUGGCUGCACUCUCGCAACGUCGAAACCUGUUAUUUGUGGCUUAUGGCUGCGAUAUAUACGUAUGGAUCCCGAAAGGAUCCCGACAGCUUCUCGGUGUCCAACCAGAAAUGAUCAUCCACCCAGUGAUGAAGCAGCCCCAGGCGGCUGGCUACAUUGACCCGUCGGCACCUCAUAUCAUAAACCAUAUCAUUGUGGAUGAUUUGGGAGUCGACGAAGUUUUGCUACUGGCGACGGACUCUGGCAACGUCACUGGCUACAACGUCGAGGCUAUUUUUUCAGAAAUUAAUCAGUGCGCAGAAUUCGGACAAAAAGACCGUUUGAUGGGAUAG